UGUAUUGUACCAUAUGUCCCGACAAGAAAUCUGCGUUCAAAGAACUCCGGCUUAUUAGUGAUUCCCAGAGCCAAAAAAAAGUCUGCGGGCUAUAGAGCGUUUUCUAUUCGGGCUCCAGUACUCUGGAAUGCCCUCCCGGUAACAGUUAGAGAUGCUACCUCAGUAGAAGCAUUUAAGUCCCAUUUUAAAACUCAUUUGUAUAAUCUAGCCUUUAAAUAGACCCCCCCUUUUUUAGACCAGUUGAUCUGCCGUUUCUUUUCUUCUCUCCUCUUCUCCCCUGUCCCUUGCGAGGGGGAGUCGCAUAGGUCCGGUGGCCAUGGAUGAAGUGCUGGCUGUCCAGAGCCGGGACCCCGGGUGGACCACUAGCCUGUGCAUCGGUUGGGGACAUCUCUGCGCUGCUGACCCGUCUCCGCUCGGGAUGGUUUCCUGUUGGCCCCGCUGUGGACUGGACUCCCGCUGAUGUGUUGGAUCCACUGUGGACUGGACUUUCACAAUGUUAUGUCAGACCCACUCGACAUCCGUUGCUUUCGGUCUCCCCUAGAGGGGGGGGGUUACCCACAUAUGCGGUCCUCUCCAAGGUUUCUCAUAGUCAUUCACCGACGUCCCACUGGGGAUCAGAUCUUCUUUUGCCUUUGCAAAAGAGCCGAACUUCUAAUCCUACCACAAUGCACAUUCUAAGUGCGUCAGUGGCACGUCUGGACCUCAGGUGGACUUAAGACUUGCUUUUGGCAUAGAUUACAGUUUAGGCGCACGGUCAAAGUCACGACACAAGAGAGCUGGGUUCAAAUGCCAUGGCCCUUCUUACAGCAGGAUGGCUUCUAUUGAUAUUACUAGUCAACACGCCAAAGGAUUUUGCUGCUGCAGGUCCUCCAGAUCGCGAUUUUCAACCCAAGUGUUACAUUCCAUGUGAGGACAACAACUGCUGGGAACUACAUAUUCAUUGCGAUUGGGGUCAUGCAUUUGAGCCUCAGGUCCCUGUAAAAUAUAGUCUACACUGGCAGACGGCGCAUAGCGACGAGGGCAAUGUGACAACUGGGGCCAGUUUGAACGGCGUUAUCAACCGUGUGCACUUUUUCAUGAACAGUAAACUGCGUGUUUGGGUCCAGGCUGAGAGCCAACAGGGUUCUGCUAAAUCCCUUGAGGUUGUCUUCAACACAGGACACAUCAUGAAACCAGCCCGACCUAAGAUUGUGUGGAGCCAACAAGAUCCUUUGGAAAUUUCCUGGAAUUCCGCCUGUAAUGAGCCACACCUCUCUUUGGGAUCGUGCGAUGUGCGAUAUUGUACUGAGGUGGACAAAACCUGGAUUGAGGAAAAAAUUGGAGCAAACGUCAACUACGAAUUCUACGGUGAAGUCCAGCCUGCUGUGUUCUAUGAAUUUCAAGUUCGUUGUUCCUGUGCGACGGGAUUGAUGAGCGACUGGAGUGCAAGCCAUAGAAUAAAAAGCUUGGAAGCAGCUCCCACUGGAGAGAUGGACGUAUGGGAGGAUUGUGGAGUGCCUGCCACCAAUAUUGUUUGCGUUAUUACUUGGAAGAUGCUUCCUAUAUCCCAGGCUCACGGUCACAUUCUGGGAUAUGAAUGGACACUGUCCAAACACGGCAAUGAUGAAUUCUUCAAUGUUUCCACAGCCGAGCCGAUGGGCUGGCUGGUAUGCCAUGAGAUGCAAUGCUACCUCAAUUUGUCUUUAAAGAAUGUAACGUCGGUCAAUAUAUCGGCCUACAACGCCCAAGGUUCUACGGAGCCUUCUUACCUUGCCCUCCCAACAACAGAAAGAACGCCAAAGCACGCCAUUGAUGUCACGAUCAAUACGGAGAACCUCACCGUCUUGUGGGAUCUGCGCUCUCAGCGCCCUGACAUCAACUCAAUCAAGGAGUAUGUGGUGCAAUACAAACAAGCAGGACGCCAUCUCGGCCAAGGAUUUGACUGGAUGAGAGUGAACAAAAGCCAUGGUACUGCAACAUUUAGAGGUCAUUUUGAAAAGUACACGCCUUACCAGGUGUCGCUGUUCAAAGUGACACCCAAUGGACAAAGCCAACAUUUUUCCUCUGUUAUUGGAUAUUCCCAUCAAGGAACUCCCUCCAAAGGGCCUUCUUUUAAAAUUAGCUCCAUUGCUGCCACACGUGUGACGCUGGUGUGGGAGCCUGUUCCACUGGCCAUGCAGAGGGGGCUGAUACUCUACUACCAAAUAGGUAUCCAGGGACAAAUGGCAGUGUACAAUGUGACAAACUCGCCUCAGGAUACAAGUGAGACUUUUGAGCUGCGAGAUCUGAAUCCAGAUCAGGAGUAUGAAGUGUGGAUCAAGGCUGUGACUGAGGCCGGGCCGGGACCAGAGGUCAUGGCAAGGUUCAAAACAGAACAAGAAGAGCAACUUAAAUCCCAAAGGUUCAUAUUAACACUCCUGCUCCCAGUGUGUUUUCUGAUCAUAUUAGGUGGUAUUCUGGUUUCCCUGAGUUUUUGCAGAGGAGCUGGCAAAGUGUGUGUGUGUUUAAAUGAAAGGAUUCCAGAUGCGUACAACAGCGGCAUCUUCAAAUUGAUGAAGGAGCAGAUGGAUGACCAAUUGGUUUGGAUCAGUAACGACAUCUGUGAACCACACCCCACCAUAUCCGUUUUGGAGGUCGUGGCAAUCAAAGAGCCAGCGUGUGGGGAAUACUCCGAUUCCGAGGACCUAAAUACGAAACCGGCAACAAAGUCGAAGCAGCGUGAUGGAAAAGAUUACAGCAAAAGGGUGGACUCUGACCAGGAAAAGGGGGCAAGUGAGCUCGUCAACAGGGAAGACUCUUGGAAUUCAGAUGAAGAAGAUGAUGUCACAUUAGGUUAUGAAAAGCAUUUCAUGCCGACUACUGUGGAAAUGCUGGAGAGUUGAUCCCACAUCAGGGCAAGAAAAAAACUCAACCCAAUGGGAUACAAUGAGAAACCUUGGAGGGGAGCAGGGGCGCCGCUAUGGAUUUUGGGCCCCAUGAAAAUAAUCUUUACAGGGCCCCCUGUAUUAUAAUUUCAUCAUCAUUAGGGGCCUCUCUGGGACCCCCUCCAUCAUGGGCCCCUAGAGUCCGUCUCCUUUAAUAAUGUCAAGGGUUUCCAAAUUCAUGCGCAAUUUCUGACUGUUGCACAUAAAAAAGAAUGUACAUACAAUUAAGUUGAAAGCUUAAUCAACCACCAAGAACAUAUGGUAGGAAAGUAGUCAUUUUCCAAAAAUUGGAAACUCUUGCAUCUUUGAAUUUUGCAAAAAAACAAAACAGAACAUUUUUUUGUAUGGAAUAUUAAUAUAUAAUUCUGCACUCGAGAUGCCUCUAAACCUCUUGGGCAAUUUUGUGUUUGUAUAAAGAGUUCGGUUUGUGUUUUUUAACCCAAGAUGUUGAAAGAACCAUAUUACACCAAAAAUAAAAAUCUGUGGAGCCGCAAAAUAUUAAAAGCCUUAUAUAAGUGUUAUAAUGAAGGCAACACAUGGUGUAAGUGCCUAUAUUAGCCUACUCUCAAAAUGACUUUAAAAGUCUUAUAUAAGUGUUAUAAUGAAGGCAACACGUGACGUAAGUGUCCAUAUUAGCUAUAUUAGCCUACUAUCGAAAUUACUUUAAGUGUUAUAAUGAGGGCAACACAUGGUGUAAGUGUCUAUAUUAGCCUACUAUCAAAAUGACUUUAAAAGUCUUAUAUAAGUGUAAUAAUGAAGGCAACACAUGACUUAAGUGUCUAUGUUAGCUAUAUUAGCCUACUAUCAAAAUGACUAAAAGUCUUAUAUUAGUGUUAUAAUGAAGGCAACACAUGAUGUAAGUGUCUAUAUUAGCUAUAUUAGCCUACUAUCAAAAUGACUUUAAAAGUCUUAUAUAAGUGUUAUAAUGAGGGCAACACAUGGCAUAAGUGUCUAUAUUAGCUAUAUUAGCCUACUAUCAAAAUGACUUUAAAAGUCUUAUAUUAGUGUUAUAAUGAAGGCAACACAUGAUGUAAGUGUCUAUAUUAGCUAUAUUAGCCUACUAUCAAAAUGACUUUAAAAUUCUUAUAUAAGUGUUAUAAUAAGGGCAACACAUGGCAUAAGUGUCUAUAUUAGCUAUGUUAGCCUACUAUCAAAAUGACUUUAAAAGUCUUAUAUAAGUGUUAUAAUGACGGCAACACAUGGCAUAAGUGUCUAUAUUAGCCUACUAUCAAAAUUACUUUAAAAGUCUUAUAUAAGUGUUAUAAUGAAGUUAACACAUAAUGUAAGUGUCUAUAUUAGCUAUAUUAGCCUACUAUCAAAAUGACUUUAAAAAUCUUAUAUAUGUUAUAAUGAAGGCAACACAUGAUGUAAGUGUCUAUAUCAGCUAUAUUAGCCUACUAUCAAAGGCUGACGCAAAUCUUCGUUGACAGAAAUGUUGCAUUUCAAUUUUUAUUCUACACAUUUUUGAAACAUUGGAAAUCAUUAGUAAAAUGGAGGCUUCUCAGAGGAUGAGAUAACUCCUGGAAAUGACCAAAGGUAUAGAUGUGUGUGUCCAAGUUUAAGGAAAUCUUCUUCGAAUGGAUUUAUUACAAUCUUUGCAAGCCUGGUAAUGUUUGCUGUGGUCUGGAACAACAUGGCACACAAAUAACUAUGAGAAAUGCAGCCAAUAUUACAUACAGAUAAUGUGUCUUGAGACGUAAAUAUAAAUUAAAUACACAGAGGACAUAAGUGAAGGAAAUUAAAUGAGCUCAAAUAUACCUACAAACGAGACAUAAUGAUGCAAUAUGUACAUGCAGUUAGCCUAAAUAGCGUGUUAGCAUCGAUUAGCUUGCAGUCAUGGAUUGACCGAAAAUGCCUGAUAAGCACUCCAGCAAAUCAAUAAAAUCAACAAAGCUCACCUUUGUGCAUUCUCGCACAGCAUAAAACGUUUGGUGGACAAAAUGAGACAAAGAAGGAGUGGCAUAAAACACGUCUUUCCGUGGCAGAAUCGGAGAAAGUUGUACAUGUAAACAAACUACGGUGAGUUCAAGGAUCGCUGAAAUUAGUAGGACAAAACGGUGCUUGCCAAAUCCUCUCAUCAGUGAAGCAUGAAUAACAUAAACAGUGGGAUUUCUAACAAUUAAGAAGGUUUGUUCUCCUACAGAAAAUAUAUUAAAACAAAAUUUAUUUUUUUUUCCUCAUCAUUUUCCAUUUUCACACAUCUCUGAAAGAGGUCCAGGGGGACACUGGGGCGGCGCUAAAGAGCCGCAUGUGGCUCUAGAGCCGCCGGUUGCUGACCCCCCGCACUGGAGUAUAUGAAAAGCAAAAAAACCUGAACACCCUUGACUACGCAACAUUGAACUUAUAUUGCCUUCCUUUUUUUCUUCCCUUUCUUCUGCGGGUUUAUUUUCCUUAUUUUAAGAAAGAAUUCUUGAAAUGUAAUGUCUUUUUGUAAGUUCUCUACCCUUGCCUUUUUUCUAUUCAUUGUGUAGUAAAAAAAGUAUCCCAAGAAAUAUGCAAAACAUUCAUUAACCAGAUGAGGCAACCCUAAACUCACUCCUUUCCUGCAAAUUAAAUUUCACAGAUGCUGCCCACACCUAUGCUCCUUCAAAGGCUGUGCUACUGGCUGCAAAGCAUUGCACUUUCAAAUACAACAAUGAG